AUGGCUGACUCAGACCUUAUGAAGAGUGGGGGACCAGCCAGCAGGGGCCCCGAAUGCCGCUCGCCUCCGACUCCCAGAAUGGAGCUUCUAAGCCCAUCCAAGGUGAAGGACCGCUCUCAGAACGUCACAGAGAAGGUCACACAGGUAUGGGGGGUACUUUCUUUGGAGUCUGACGUGCUGCCUGAAUACAAACUCCAGGUGCCAGAGACAACAUGGUGGAUCUUGCUUCACUACAGCCCCUUCAAGGCAUUUUGGGACUGGAUUAUUCUCCUCCUGGUCCUCUACACAGCUGUGUUCACUCCUUACUCGGCUGCCUUCCUCCUGGAUGAACACGGGGAUUUACGUCAAAGGAGUUGCGGCUACACAUGUGACCCCCUUAAUGUGGCGGACCUAUUAGUAGACGUUCUGUUUAUUGUUGAUAUAGUCAUUAACCUUCGCACGACGUACGUGGACCAAAAUGACGAGGUGGUCACACAACCGAGCCGGAUUGCCAAGCACUAUAUCAAAGGCUGGUUCCCUAUUGAUCUGUUCGCAGCGAUUCCAUUUGACCUUCUCAUUUUCAGAUCUGGCUCUGAUGAACCAAAGAUGGCAACCUUAACAAGCCUGCUGAAAACAGCUCGGCUGCUGCGACUGGUCCGUGUGGCAAGAAAGCUGGACCGAUAUUCUGAAUAUGGGGCUGCCGUCCUCUUCUUGCUCAUGUGCACCUUUGUGCUCAUCGCCCAUUGGCUCGCCUGCAUUUGGUACGCUAUUGGCUUUGUGGAGAGGCCGUACACGGAGACUGGCUGGCUGGACAACCUGGCUGAACAGCUGGGCAAGUCGUACAACGACAGCGACUCCUCCUCCGGUCCAUCAGUCAAGGACAAGUACGUCACCGCUCUUUACUUCACCUUGAGCAGUUUGACGAGCGUGGGGUUCGGUAACGUCUCUCCAAACACCAACUCAGAAAAGAUCUUCUCCAUCUGCGUCAUGGUCAUUGGCUCUCUCAUGUAUGCCAGCAUAUUUGGAAAUGUCUCAGCCAUCAUCCAGCGGCUGUACUCUGGUACGACCCGCUACCACACCCAGAUGUUGCGGGUCAAAGAGUUCAUCAGAUUCCACCAAAUCCCAGGCUGCCUUCGCCAAAGGCUAGAGGAGUACUUCCAGCAUGCCUGGUCCUACACAAAUGGCAUCGACAUGAAUGCUGUGCUGAAGGGAUUUCCAGAGUCUUUGCAGGCAGACAUCUGUUUGCACUUGAACAGAUCUCUGCUACAGAACAGCAAGGCUUUCCAUGGAGGCAGUCAAGCCUGUCUGCGCGCCUUGGGUAUGAGGUUUAAGACAGUCCAUGCUCCUCCAGGAGAUACUCUGAUCCACUACGGAGACAUGCUGGAUUCUCUCUUCUUCAUCUCACGCGGUUCCAUCCAGGUCAUCAGGGACGAUGUGGUGGUCGCCAUAUUAGAAAAGAAUGACACCUUUGGAGAGCCCAUCCACCUGUAUGAUGAGCCGGGGAAGUCCAAUUCAGAUGUACUCACCAUCACCUACUGUGACCUGCACCGCAUCCUGAGGGACGACCUGCUGGAGGUCCUGGAUAUCUACCCAAGCUUUGCAGACAACUUCUGGAGGAACCUCAAGAUAACGUUUGACCUGAGAGAUGCUGAUCAAGUACCACCAAUAAUAACAACAACAACUGAUGAUUCUGGGGACGACUGUGGGUACCGCCACAAGCCGAGACACAGAAUCCACUCUCUGGACUGCCGAAUCAGGCCAGAUGGGAUCGAUCAUGAAGACUCGUACCCCCUUCAAUCCUGCCGUCAUCGUCACUCACCUACUCAGGCCCACUGGGAUGACCGCUGUAGCUGUGACACCCCGUGUUCCCAGUCAAGUGAAGACCUGGCUAAGCCUCAUGCCCACGGUGCCAAAGUAGAGCUUUACCCUCCAGAGGAUUCCAGGAGGGACUACUCCCCCUCUGUAGUGCAGCUGCUCCCCCCGAGUGGCACCUCAGUAGGGAGGGACGCAGUGUAUGACCGCGGCCACCAAGCUUCAUCAUUGAAUGUGCCGGGCAUGUAUCGAUACUGGCCAGACCAACAGUCACAACAGUUUUCCAGUCGCGCCUGGAGAUCUUCCUCCGCCCGCAACUCAUACCACCCACCACCAUUCACAGAAGAGCGGCCCAGUGAGCUGGAGUCUCGACUUGAGGUGUUACACUCACAGCUCAACAGACUGGAGACCCGCAUGACGGCCGACAUCAACGUCAUUCUCCAGCUUCUCCAGAGGCAGAUUGCUCCUGUACCUCCUGCUUACAGCACUGUAUCAUCCAGUACCCUCCCUACUGACUCACCUGGCCUGUAUGGGACUGGCACACCAGUGCUGCACAGCAUGUACCCCAUUUCCCCCAUACAGAUGGACAGCCGGGCCCCAACACAGAGUUCUACCCAGACUGACCUUCAGUUCACCAAGAAGUCCCAGGAGUCACUGUCCAGCGGUAUCCAUGUGACUCUGGCAUCAGACGACACCUCGUUCAUGACUGUCACCCCCGAAACUGAGACACACAUGGGGUUGACUCCUCAGCCGGCCCAGCCAUCAGCUAAAUCCACUCUCAUGGAGAACCCCAGGCUAUGUGGUAGUCUCCGCUACCCCUCGCUGCCGGGAAACCUGGACAUCACCUCAGGACUGGCAGAGAUCCAGAAACACCUCUCAGACCCUGUGCUGCCUGUCACCUAAACACCUUCAGGAACAGAGUUAUCAUGGCAACCAGUGUGACCUUGAAAGUAGUGGUAAGCCCCUUUUACACUGGUUGUUCAAGGACUUUUACACUGUUACACCACUUCACCGUUCCGUUCUGUAUAAAAGGUACAAUCACAGAAUGAGGGGACAGAGUUGUCUCGCCCUAAAGCCAGCAGUGGAGGUAGUAACAGUGUCGAAUCAGUGUUUGUGUUUGAGGGACAGCCAGCAGGUGGGACUUCUGACAAGAUGUUAUGCGUGACACACAGCUGGAGAUGAAAAAAGCAGCUAGCAGUAGUUAGCAGCUAACUCAAAGAAGAACAGCAGUGGAAAUGUCUGCAAUCUGGGAAAAAAAUUAGAUGAGGGAGCUCCUUACCCUCAUAGCAAAGAACGAGAUCAGCCGCCAUAUAACGGGGACGGUAAAUGAUUGAUUACCAUGUUAUGCCAUUGUUAGUGUUUAUGAAGCGCUGCGGACACGAAAGUUAUGUCACACUAGAGGCCAAAGCUGUUGAGUUAAAUGUCAAGCCAGUGAGCUUUUUUGCAACCGGUAUGCAGCCUAAAAUCACACACUGGACCGGCAUGAUGCUGCAGUUGUUAAGUCCGUAAAAAUGCCAGUAACGAAGGGACUUCGUAGCGGCCUUUUGCGCAAUCUCUGUGUAAAAGGGGCUAUAGACUGCCAUAGCUUAAGUUAAAGACUUCUGGAAGGGGCCAUGAAACUGG